AUGCAAUACCUAGUAUUGAAUAGUGCAAUGACAUUUAAUUUAGAGGAUCCUGAUUGGCAACUAACCAAAGCAGGGCGACUUUACAAUUAUAAAUUUGGAUAUGGAAAGUUGGAUGCAUAUACUUUGAUCCAGAAUGCAAAAACAUAUAAACUAUUGAAUCCACAGGUUAACAUUGAGAUGCCAAUAAUUAACGUUACUAAACCUAUACCAAUGAAUCAAGAAGGAAUUAUUAGUAAGGUGGUUGUGAAGAAAUCAGAUGUUGACAAAGCAAAUAUGAAAAGAUUGGAACAUGUAACUGUGACUAUUAAUGUUAUUCAUGAGAGAAGAGGUGAUAUAGAGGUUGAUUUGAUAAGUCCAAAUGGUAUUGUUUCUACCAUUGGAUUACCAAGGAUGUAUGAUGAAAAUAUCGGUGGACUUAAUAAUUGGACAUUUAUGAGCGUUAAACAUUGGUUAGUAAGAAAUCCAAAAUUUAAUGGAAUAUUUGUAGAUUGGAUGUUGAAAUUAUGGGGCGAAAGAACUGAUAAUAAUGAAAGUGGCAAAAAUAGUAGUGAUACCAACAAUAAUUCAGAUAAAACCUCUACUACAAUAAUAACCAAUACCACCCCUUCAAGCAUUGCAGAUGAUGACAAUAAUAAGAUAUCAACAUCUACAAUACCAUCAUCACCACCAGUAAAUGAUGACGAUAAUAAGAUAUCAACAACAAACAAUCCUAUUUCAACAGAAACACAACCGGCUACUACAAAUGCAGCUGAUAACAACAACGAUGAUAGUAGCAGCAGUAGUAGUAACAGCAUCAAUAGUAAUUGGAUUUGGGGUAUUGGAGUAGUUAUGGCGUUUACAUUGGCAUAUAUGGUUUAUGCGACUAGGAAAUGGUAUUGGGAUGAUGUGAAGAAAAUAGUAUCUGAAGUAUUCUCUAGGAGAACAUAUGCAUCGGUGUUACGACAGCCAUCUGAUCGAACAUCUAAUGAUGAGGAUGGUGACCUUAUUCCAUUGACAAGAGGCAAUAAACAAUUCACGACAUCAAGAGAAUUAAAAUGA